CAAUGGGAUUUCACGGGGUGUUCAUUUGACUUUGAAAACCCUGUAGCCAAGUUGGCGAUGCGUGUUAUUUGGUUCCAUUUCAACAUUUCGUUUCAACAUGUCUUCCCAAGCCGAUUAAACUCUUAAUAGACGCUACUCUGACAUUUUGAGAACACCACGCAGCUUAGCAUCAAGCUAGCGGGCCUUUGUCAGCCGGGAGCAGAACCAAAACAACAACAGCAUCACCAUCAAUGGUGUGUCUACAUCCAGGAGCAGUCACAUUGUCCUGUGUGUGCUCAAUGAACUAUCACCUCAGCUCACAUCACGGCUGCACAUGUAUGGCGUUUGCAAGACGUGAAGGGGAGUUCUGCCAAGCCCAGCACCUGCUGCUCAUUGUGGACAAGUGAACCAGAUACUCCAAAGGCACAAAUACUGCCAUACACACUCACACAGGCUUUCAUUGCCAUCCUGUCAAACCCAUAUGAAGAAAGGACACCGUUUUGGGAACAGAGGAGGCUUUGCAUUGCCUUUGACUUCCUCGCCACUCCCUUUCUACGCUAAUUUACUUUGCUGAGUAAUUUUUGGGCUGAGAAAUUUUUAAGGAAAGCCAGCACAGGUCUUUUUUUUUUUUUUUUUUUUUUGGCCAUCCUUUUUUAUAAAGCACAGUACCAUUUUUGUAAAUUAAAUAAAAAUGAAUCGACCGGCUGCAGUGGAAAUCUCCUAUGACUGUUUAAGGUUCCUUAUCACGCACAAUCCCACUAAUGCACAACUUGGAAGGUUUAUAGAGGAUCUGAAGGCAUAUGGCGCUAACACCCUGGUGAGAGUAUGUGCUGCUACUUACGACAAAGCACCAGUGGAACAGGAGGGCAUUCGAGUCCUGAAUGAAAUUGCAGCAGCAAUCCAAAAUAACUUGUUGCAGGAUAUGCCAUUUGAGGACGGCUCCGCCCCCCCGGAGCAGGUGGUUGAUGAUUGGCUGAGUCUGCUGCAGACCAAGUUCCGAGAUGAGCCUGGCAGCUGUGUGGCUGUGCAUUGUGUUGCUGGUCUGGGAAGAGCUCCCGUGCUUGUGGCCCUGGCUCUAAUUGAGUGUGGGAUGGAGUACGAAGAUGCCGUUCACUUCAUAAGACUGAAGCGUCGUGGAGCAUUCAACUCAAAGCAGCUGCUUUUCCUGGAAAACUACAAACCCAAAUUGUGCUUGCGCUCCAAAGAUGCUAACGGACAGAGCUGCAGCAUACAGUAGGAAUCGGGAUGGACAAGCACCCCCGCCCUCUGUAUCUUUACUGACGUGUCAUAGGACCAAGCGUGUCGUGAUGAUAUUGGAUGUUGUAAGGAUGUCGGUAAAAUUCCCACUCGCUAUACAGAAUCUAAGAUUACACCAGAAGCAACAAGACUGUUCUCAUUAAGUUAACAUAAAGCACACAUUGAAUAUAUGUUGCUUCAAUUGUAUUUUGGUGUUUUGCUGUGAAAAACGUAGCACGCAGGCUAACUAGGCUAGGCUAAUUGACCACUCCAAAUUGUCCAUAGGUAUGAAUGUGAGUGUGAAUGGUUGUUUGUCUAUAUGUGCCCUGUGAUUGGCUGGCCACCAGUCCAGGGUGUACCCCGCCUCUCGCCCCAAGACAGCUGGGAUAGGCUCCAGCACCCCCUGCAACCCUUGUGAGAAUAAGCGGUAAAAAAAUAAUGAAUGAAUAAUAGAUAUCAAGGCUACGCGGCGGACGAGUGGUUAGCACGCGGGCCUCACAGCCAGGAGACCCUAGUUCAAUUCCACCCUGGGCCAUCUCUGUGUGGAGUUUGCAUGUUCUCGACAUGCAUGCCCACAUUCCAAAAAACAUGCUAGGUUAAUUAGCCACUCCAAAUUGUCCAUAGGUAUGAAUGUGAGUGUGAAUGGUUGUUUGUCUAUAUGUGCCCUGUGAUUGGCUGGCCACCAGUCCAGAGUGUACCCCGCCUCUCGCCUAAAGAAGACAGAUGGGAUAGGCUCCAGCACCCCCUUGUGAGGAUAAGCGGUAGAAAAUGAAAAAAACGUCCCUAGCAGCACAUUCGACAGUUCUGAUGUUUUUAGCUAUUGGCUUGCGGAAAUGUCUCCCGGUGGCCGCCAACAAAAAAGUCGCAUUUACUAGUGGUUACGUUUGGUGAGUCGAAGACAAGUCGGGGAUCUUUCUGCACGUUGCAGUAGGCGAUGUGAGAACCGACGGGGAAAUGGCGAAAUCAGCACAACAGAUUCUACUACGAGUAUAUCUACACACGACUGCACAAUGUCACACAACACUGUGAAGUAAAACAAUAAUAUUAGUAUUAGUACCGUAUAUAUACAUAUAUAGACAUGAUACUGUGCGUUGAAAAUGUAGCGCCCGUCUGUGACAUACGGGAACGUUAAUGUGAAGGCAUGGCCACUUUAUUAUGUCUGACAUUGAUACCAAUACUGCAAUGCAUAUGAUGCAUAACUGCCAAUUUGACCAUUUUUGGACCAAUGGCAUCAUAGCAUCCCCAUUGUGUACAUGAUAUUAUCAUAUAUGCAGUAUAUAUAUAUAUAUAUAUAUAUCCAUUGAUGGGACCUCCCCUCCUGCCACAUUGGUAAUGGUUUAAUUUCAUUUGAACAUGCAUCAGAUUACAAUUGAGUGCAUCCCAUAAUCAGUUCACAGUUCCACAUGUCCAAAAGGAGUAGGAAGAAGCAAAGCUUAUUAAAUCCUACCCCUCCAUCUGGUACUUUUAUAAUCAGUAACUGUUACAUUUGUUCACUUCCUGCUUUCCUAAUAUAAUUUAAGUUUUGUUUUUUUUUUUUAAAUAUGUUUUUUUAAUUUUGUUAAUUUUUUUUAAUUGUUUAAUUUUAUUUCAACAUAUGAUACAUAUAAUUUAAGUUUUUUUUCAUUUUAUUUAUUUAUUUUUUUAAUUUGGUUUUUAAUUUUUUUUUAUUUACAUUUUUUUUAAUGGUUUAAUUUCAUUUCAACAUGCAUCGGAUUACAAUUGAAUGCAUCACAUAAUCAGUUCCCAGUUCCACAUGUCCAAAAGGAGGAGGAAGAAGCAAAGCUUAUUAAAUCCUACCCCUCCAUCUGGUACUUUUACAAUCAGUAACUGUUACAUUUGUUCACUUCCUGCUUUCCAUAAUACAGUUUAAGGUUUUUUUUUUUAUAAUAAUGUACCUCGUACCGAAGUACUCGGUGAUAUGAGCAUCCAAUGCCAUAAUGGGUACCAUAGUAAGUGUCAAUAUAGUGAUAUAUAUAUAUAUAUAGCACAUCAUGACUGGUUCAAGACUCUUCAUCCUUGUAUUUAGCAAACAUCAACUGCUUGUAUUGUUUCUAGAAUUGGCUCAUCGUUGUACAUUCAAAAAUAGGUGACACGUUUGCAAAAAUGAUCACAAAACAAAGAAUCACAAUUAUGCUUAGCAAAAAAAACAAAAAACUAUUUUCUUCCUGUGGUGUUAAAGUGAUCCGCAGUAUAAAAUGUCACGAAGUUAUGUAAUAGUCGGUGUCUGCUUUGACUUCUCCAUCCGUGCCACGUAAUUUGCGUCCCGGGGUGUAAAGAUGCAAUCCGACCGACUCGUCUCCGGUAGUCGUUAAAAGAACACACGUUACUGUACUACACACUUGAAGUGUACCUACUGUUUGUCCCAUGUCGCAGUACUGCCACAAGUUUAAAGGGUGUGUUCAACAGAAUGUAUUCUUAAAAGUAAAAAAAAACAAAACAUUUUAUAGAUUGUAUUAAUAGUAUUACCUUAGUUCCGUCAUAUGUGCUUUUUACAAUACAGCUUGCUAUCGUCCUUGAGUGGCCUGUGGGAUGAUACACAAAAUGUGCAAAAAUAAUUUUUCAUGUAAUAUUCUACUUUGAUUUAGACAUCAUACGGUACUACAGGUAAAUCUGAACUUGAUUACCCCAAGUUAAGGUAAAUGACUUAGUUUAACUACAGUUUUUUUUCUUAAUAAGCACUUUGUAAGUAUUGGCAACAAACAGUAUCACAUCAUAUUGAUCAUGUCUAUUCAGCAUGCAGAGCCCAUUUCAUUAUAAAAACAGCGUGCGCUAGCAGGUUUAGCAAUGGGUAGUAGUGGCAGUAUUUGUUAAAGUCCUAAAAAGAGUACACAAGUACAUAAAAUAAUAAUAAGUAGUUAAUGAGGGAUGAACCGACCAAACCGCUACCCAGUAGUUCCUCAUUAGUUCAUUGGAAACUACUGUAUUUUUGUGUACCUUUUCAUUGUAAAAUGACACCAAGUGCAAAACUUGUCAUGCACAAGUUUCCCCGUGGUGUCACCGAAUCGGGGACGUUUAAUAUGACCCUCGUAAUGAAUUUGGAUUUUUCACAAUUUCAUGAUUGGUAACAGAAACUUCAGAAUUUCGUGGAAACUACAAGGUGGAUAUUUAUAAGCAGCUGGCGGCAAACAAAGCUAACCUUUUUUGCAAUCCCAUCUAAAUUUCUUUCCAUUGAACUGUACAGAAAUGUUGUUCACUAAAUCUACGUUAGUUAGUACUGUAUUUUCCGGACUAUAAGUCGCUUCUGAGUAUAAGUCGCACAAUGUCGAAAAAUGCAUAAUUAAGUGGGAAAAAAAACAUAAAUAAGUCACACUGGAGUAUAUGGUAAUGGUUUGAUUUCAUUUGAACAUGCAUCAGAUUACAAUUGAGUGCAUCCCAUAAUCAGUUCCCAGUUCCACAAUUUCAUGAAUGGUAACAGAAAUUUCAGAAUUUCUUGGAAACUACAAGGCGGAUAUUUAUAAGCAGCUGGCGGCAAACAAAGCUACCCUUUUUUUUUUGCAUUCCCAUCUAGAUUUCUUUUCCAUUGAAGUGUACAGAAGUAAGCGAUGAGCACGGUUAAAAGAGUGUAAGAAACAAGCCAAAUAGCGUUGUUCAGAUUCGGAAUCGAGGGAAUUGUGUUAUUUUAGCCACGUUUACUUGUUCCCGUUUCAACCACGGAGCACGACAUUGACGCUAACAGUCACAUGUUUUUGCUGCGUGAUUCCAAAUGUGCUUGUAACAUGCUGUCGUUUAUAUUUUUAUUUAGUUUAUAUUACCCCGUUGUUCCUUUUUAGUGUUUUGGUUCUAUGUUUUUUUUUUUUAUUUUGCGGUGUUUGUUGGUGAAAUGUCUAACGUCUAAUUAAAAGUGAGUGUGUAGUGGAGUAGUUGUGUUUACUUGUGCAAAGCUAGAGAACAUUCAGAAGUCUUACACGCUACACAUUAUUUUUUUCUGUGUAGCAAACGUAACAAAAUAAUAAACUACUCAUGCUGUGAGGUCAAUGGUUGUCUAUUUGGGAUUCAUUUGUAAUGUGGACACCAAACAGACCUCUGUAACCCCUCUCUGUGUGUGUGUGUGUGUGUGUGUGUGUGUGUGUGUGUGUGUGUCAUUGCCUGUGGCUGUGGUCUUUGUACACGUGCACGGAGAUGUCAAAGUGGAAUCACAUGGAGUCAAUAGCUGGUUCAAGGUUGAUUGCUUUUCCUGACUGACAUGCCGCACUCCAUGUUGAACACCAUAGGGUCUUGACCUGUACACCAAAAUAUAAAAAUAAGGUCU